AUGGCGAUCGUUUUGGGGGUGUACUCGCCCCCUGUGGGCGAUCAACUUAUGGCACUGGACCCGACCGCUCCGCGGGUCAAGGUCCUGGCGCCUGGCUGCGAGCUCCGCCUGAUUGUCGAUGAUGACAAGCAUGCACGGGUGAAGCUGCUGCCCGAGCAGGUACCAAACCCACGGCCUGGACAGCCUGCUGAGACCAGCGCGGAAAUCUUCGGAGCUGAGCUGGUGGCUGGCCAGGACUAUCCGCUGCUCGGCGGGUCCCGCACGGCCAUAUACACGUGGCAUGGAUGCAAAGUCCAGGUGUCUGGCCCCACAGUGCAGGAGUACGACGCUCCAAAUGUUGUGAUGCGCGACUACCUGUGCUGUGCAGCAGUCCUGGAACAGCGCCGCAUGCGAGCCGAUGAUCUGGGCCUCCCUGCACCGCGGGUCCUAGUGUGUGGCAGCGCUUUCUCUGGGAAGAGCUCGCUGUGUCAGAUUCUCUGCAACUACGCGCUGAGACGGGAGCACACUCCUGUCUUCGUUGACCUGGACACGCGUUACUCCCACAUCCGCCAGCUCCAGAGCGUACCGUUUUGCGUGACUGCCAUGACGGUGGAGCAUGGAGCUGACGAGGAGCCACUGAAUCGCAUCGCCUACUUUUAUGGGCACUUGGACUGGAGUGAGAACGAGAGCUGGUAUCAGCGUGUGGUUUCUCAUCUUAGCCGAGUGGUGUCUGCAAAGCUUUCGAAUGCCACCUCCAGAGAGGGCGCCCGGACGAGCUCAUCCGGCUUAGUUGUCAAUGCGCCGUUCCAGCCCACUCCAGCGCUGCUGCAGAAGAUCAUAGAGAUGUUCGAGAUCGAUGUUGUCUUGGUCCUGGACAGCGAAGCUCUCCACGCGGCCCUCUGCAGGACGUUUGCAGGGUGUCCGAAGGUUAACGGCGUGCCCAAAGUUGAGGUAGUCCUUCUGCCGAAGGCCGGAGGAGUAGUCCAAGCCGCCAACAAGCGCAUCCGCUUCCUGCGCGCGCUGAGAGUGCGGGACUACUUUCACGGGGUGAUGCGAGACUUUAGCCCCUUCUCAGUGCUGGUCGACCUCAGUGACGUGCAGCUAGUACAGAUCGAGACGGCCACGCUGUCUGCCUCUAUGUUGCCACAUGGCAAGGAGGCACAGAAGUCUGUUGACUUCAUUGCCCGCUACCCACUUGCGUCACUUGCGCUUGCCAUUGCUGAAGCUGCCAGCAGUCAAAGUUUGGUGCUUCUUUGCAUUUGGCGGGUUUGCCAUGGCUCGCCCACGCCUAGCCACUUUAGCUGCAAUAUGCUGCAAUGA